GAUCCUCGAAGUGUGCUACCGAAGCGGAGUGAAAGUGGUCACGAUCUAUGCGUUCAGUAUCGAGAACUUUAAGCGAUCGAAGUUUGAGGUGGAUUCCUUGAUGGAAAUGGCCCGGGUGAAGCUGGCACAAAUGGCCCAACACGGUGAAAUUCUGGAUCGGUAUGGCGCGAAGGUCCGCAUCUUGGGUCGGUUGGACCUGCUCCGACCGGACGUACUCGCUGCGGUCAACAAGGCGGUCGACAUGACCGCCAACAACGGCGAUCGGGUUCUCAACAUUUGCUUCCCCUAUACAUCUCGCGACGAGAUCACCGGCGCCAUCCGGGAUACCGUCGCCGACUAUAGCCAGCCGCUGGACUCGGCUCACGCGGCGUCCGCUGGCCAGCGGACCCCCUUCUCGGAGACCCAUAUUGCGUUGAAUAUCCGAGCGCAGAACCACAAGACGGAGGAAAGCAGCAGCGACGUCGAGUCUUCGUCGGAAUCGCUGUCGCAGGGCGAGGACGGGGCGCCCAAAUCGGAUCGUCUGAACAGGGUCUACGAGUCGGGCUCCUCCUUCUCGUCCUCCACAACCCUCCAUCUCGGCGGCCAUGCGGAGGCAACGAAUGGCAAGACCGCCGUGUCGAAUGAGUCCGGCCGCUCUGUUUUCAAAUCCCCGGAAACCAUCACGCGACAAACAUUAUCCGAACACCUUUUUACGAAGGACAGCCCUCCUCUUGAUCUACUUAUCCGUACCUCCGGCGUGGAACGUCUCAGCGAUUUUAUGCUCUGGCAAUGUCAUGAAGAUACGGAGAUUGUUUUCCUCGAUGUGCUGUGGCCCGAGUUCGACCUGUGGCAAUUCCUGCCGGUCCUGUUAGGAUGGCAGCGGAGAAUCUCGAAGUCGCGCAAGAACCCCGAGGCCGAAGGGAAUUUUGACGGAGAGACGUCAGAAUCUCCCGAGGAAGAUACGGAUGGGACGACGUUAAGUCCUGCCGAGAAGGUCAAGGGCCUGUAGAUUUAUAUACCUUGCAUUCAACCUGACGGAGUGUUUUCCUUUCUUUUCUUUCUGUUUCGUUUGCCCUUGACUCGUCUUUCUUUCCUUUUUUUUGGAGUUCGUUUGUUCUGGACAUAACCAUACGACCGAUAUCCCCGAGAGUUUUUGCUGUACAUAGCCUCAUACCAAGCCGCAUUUUUCUUUUUCUUA